CAAAUCUAACAUUGACGUAAAACGCAUGUUCUUUUUACGUCUAAAUAAAUAAUAAAUAGUUACUCAAAGAUGUCUGUGGUAAAAAAGAAGAAGCGUGUUUCUAAGAAGAACAAGAAAGCGUGGGGAAAAUACAGUGAUAUCCGUGACGUGGAGGAGUUUCUAGAAGACCAACGAUUAGAAGAACGUUUAGGUAAAUUUGAAACAAAGCCAGACAGUGAGCUUUUCGUGGUAGAUACAGCUGGAGACAAUGAACCAGAGAAAAAAGAAGAUGGCGAAGAAACUAAACCAUUGUCUAGGAAACUACAAAAGAGGGCCAAGUUGAAAGAAGUCCCAAAAUGCUUUGAAGUCUUGUUACCCACUUCCAAGGUCCAAGAUCCAAAUGCUAAACGAAACAAAGUAAAUCCCAUUGGCUCGAAGCCGACAGCUCUAAGCAAGUUAACGCACCAGCGGCAAGCAAAGAAGGGUGUUCUAGAAAAGAAGUUGGUAGAAGCUAAGAAGAAUAGGAAGAUGGCCAUAGACAAAAAGAGGAAAGCCAAGCAAGUCAGACAGAACUUCAGUUUGGAUUUGUGGGGAGGCGACUUACCAGAAGUGAAAGGCAUACCAUCCACGUUGGUCGACGAGUUCAUAUCACCCGAGGCUCAGCUGCACAAUGUGCUCCCCACACAGCGACUGCGGCCGAAGCCUCCGCUAGCCAAGACCGUGGUGACCAGAGCGGCGGUGGAAACACCACACCCUGGUGUCAGUUACAACCCUUCAUACAAGGAGCAUCAAGAACUGCUGCAGCAAGUUGGUGCUCAUGAAGAGAAGAUGAUGAAGAAGGAGGCUCACCUGAUGAGGGUCACUACUGGCAUGUUCAGGAGAGUCACACAGCAGGAGAAAGAGAACCAAUGGCGCGAAGAAAUGAGCGCUGGUCUCCCUCAACCUCACAACCCGGCCGAGGACCCCGACAGCGACACGGAUAACGAGUACAAAGCCAUCAACCCGCCCGUCAAGAACAAGAAGAAGGAUCACAAGGCCAGGCGGAAGCAGAAGGAACAGCUAGCAGAGAAGGAACGGCUCAAGCGCCAGAAGAUUGAUAAGAAGAAGAUUACAGAUCUUUAUAAACUCCGUCAGCUGAAGUCCACGAUAAAGACUCGUGAACAGAAACAGUCAGAGGAGCGCUCGAAGCGGGCGGAGAAGCGCGCGGCGGCCGAGGCCACGGCUCUGCCUACACUGAGCGCUCACAAGACGCCCAUCAAAGAACCAGACUUCGUUGACCCCAAGCAGCUGUCCGGCGACUUAAGGAAUAUUAAGAGUACCACGAACCUCCUCCGCGACCGUUUCGAAUCCCUCCAACGUCGCGGUGCCCUCGCAGCCUCCAAGAUCAUGAUGAAGAAGAAGAGGAAACUCAAGAGCUACUUCAAACCCGGACACAAAGUCACAGAGAAAGAUAUUGAGAAAUAUGUGACCAAGAGUGCAGGCAAAAAGAGAUCUUAAGUGAAAGGCAGAAGGAAGGAUUUUGAAAGAUAUUGUGUAAGUAAUGUACGAAUUGUAUGUUAUUAAAGAGUAUUUAAUAUUGGA